UAGGGUAAGGGUAUAUUUCUGUCGAAAGCGCAGGGAAGCAAAGCAAAGUCAAAACUAGCAAAACAAUGGGUGGUGAUAAGAUCAUCCAUCCUAGCUUCAGCUCUGAGGAAGAGUCCUCAGUAGACCAAGAUUUCCAAUUUCCACCGUUGCCUUCCCACAAGCCCACUUUGAUCAGGGAUUAUUCGAGAAUGAAGAUUGAAGAUGGGGAAGCUGGUAGAUCGUUUCUCGAAGAUUUUGAUAACAUGGGUUCUCCAUUUUCCUCUUCUCUGGGGUUUGAAAUUUAUAACAAGAGGAGACAGAAGGUUUACAAUGAGGUUUUGCAGAGUUAUGAACUUUCCCGGGUUCAAAGUAUGAAUCUAAACGAGGGAAAGGACAAAAUUCUGAGUUAUGUCCCUGGAGCAUGGAUUGAGAAUGUCAGUGACAUGAAACUGAGUGAUUAUGAUGUUCCAGAAAGAACAUCACUCCUGUUGAUUGGUCCGAAAGGGUCAGGAAAAAGUAGCCUGGUCAAUAGAAUUUCAAGGGUGUUCGAGGAUGGCGAUUUUACACCAGAAAGAGCUCAAGUAUCAUAUAAUCCAUCUGUUGGAGAUGGUACCUACUAUCUCCAAGAAUACAUGAUCCCAAGAGGUUCAGCUUCGUUCUGUCUUUAUGAUACCCGGGGCUUGUCUAAUGACACAUCUGAAAACAUUAAUAUGAUUGAGUAUUGGAUGAAUAAAGGAGUUCGCCACGGCGAACUUGUUUUCAGGAAAUCAGAUGGUUCUAGUUUGAGGAGAAUGAUGUUUAAAAUACGCAACCUAGGCCGGCAGUCUUGCAAGACCCGGACAGUUAAUUUUGUCAUUUUUGUUGUUGACGGGGUCUCAGUUUUGAAAUCCAUGGAGGGUGAUGAUGACACGGCCGAGGUACAGUACAUGCAAAUGAUCACCAAGGUUUUCAAGUGUCCAUGCUUGUCGUUUAAAGAUGAUAAACCUGUUGUUGUUAUCACACAUGGAGAUUUACUUUCAAUUGUUGACCGUGUUCAUGUCCGACUUCAUUUGGGAGAGCUGCUGGGUAUUCCACCUGCAAAACAAAUUUUUGACAUUCCAGAAACCAACGAUCCGGUAACAGAGUUGACAAUUAUUAAUAUGUUGUGCUACUCGCUCGAGCAUGCAGAUCGAAAUCUUCCACACAAGAAACGGGUCCGCAAAGUAUGUAUAUCUGCAUUCAUAUAUCUGUUAUCGAUGCUGGGGAUUGCCUUAUCAGUGGCUUACGUUCGAAGUUGGAAUACGAGACAUGAUCGGGAACCAGAACUGCGCAUAAAUUGGUAUGCUAUCCGGCACAUAUGGUAAAGGAUUAAUUACAGUCAACUUCCUUUGUCUGGUGUGAACAACAUGAAUACAUUCGAUCAAAAUGCAUAUG